CGCGCCUGGCGGGAAAGCUCGCUUUCAGAUGGAAUCUGCUUUCUCUGGAGUUGCGCAGUGAAGCGUACCCUGUGGAAGGUUUGGUGAGACUGAUACCGAGGAAAGCUGUAAGCCGUUCAUAUGAGUCCAGAUGAAUAACUUCGUAGGAAUAUGGAUUUUACAACAAAUAAACUUCCUGAGUGGAUGACUGAAUGUAACAAAGAGGAUGCAGUGGUUAACGAAAAGCGGAAAAAUCCAGGCCAUCGGAGUGUUCUAGAAGACAGCCUUCCAUUCUUUGAAUUCCAGGGCUCCAUCGUUUAUAGCUACAAUGCUAGUGAUUGUUCCUUACUCUCUGAAGAUAUUAUUGGAACAUUGCCUGAUGGAGCUGUGCUAGGAUUUGACAUUGAAUGGCCACCAGUUUAUACUAAAGGAAAGUCAGGGAAGGUUGCCUUAAUCCAGCUGUGUGAGUCUGAAGAAAAAUGCUAUCUGUUUCACGUUUCUUCAAUGUCAGGUUUUCCUGGGGGAUUGAGAAGGUUGCUUGAAGAUAACCGUAUAAAAAAAGCUGGGGUCGGUAUUGAAGGGGAUAAAUGGAAGCUGAUGCGUGAUUUUGAAAUCAGAUUGGGAGACCUUGUGGACUUGGCUGACCUUGCCAAUGCCAAGCUGAAAUGUAAGGAGAUAUGGAGUUUGAAUGACCUUGUAAAACACUUGUUUCACAAACAACUUCUGAAAGACAAAUCGGUCCGCUGUGGUAACUGGGGACAGUUUCCACUUACUGAAGAACAAAAGCUGUAUGCAGCUACUGAUGCUUAUGCGAGCUUCCUCAUUUAUCGAAAACUGGCAAAUAUGAAUAAUGACAAGCAGAUGCAUAUCAGUGUGGAAAGAGAGGGAGUUCUGCCCUCAAGUGAAAUAAAGAAGAAAUUAACAUCUCUGUCAAAGGAGAUGGUGGAUCUGGCUGAUUGCCUUCCAGGAACUUUAGGACAGUCUACAAAUGUUCAAAGAUCUUCAGAAAUAUUGACUGCAAUGUCGGAAAACAUCAAAGCUUUAAGAAGAACGUUGCUUAUUGGACCUACAUGCCAGAUGGAACUGGAACAUGUUGCAAAUCUAGAAAUAACUAGUAGCAAGGAAGAAAACCCAGAAACCUCUGAAUUAAGUUCCAAGAAUAUGUGGAUAUCAAAUGAUCCUAGACAGCAUAAACCGGUUGGUGUUGAAAAUGAGGUGCUGGUAAAAGCUGAAGAGGAGAGAUAUAAGAAAAACCAGGCAGAUGAGGCUUCAGGCACAGGAACUAACGAAGCUAGAGAGAAUGAGUACUUAAUGUCACUUGGCAUAACGGAAUAUGAACUUCAAAUGUUGGAACGUCAGGCUGAAGAGGAACUGCUCAAUGAAAAGGCCUGUAAGUCUGAGGAUUUAAGCUUCAUGGAGGAUGGGGAGAAUUAUCUCUGCACCAUUGAAAGUGAUGAUGAAUUUGAAAUGGAGAUGGUGAAGUCCUUAGAAAGUGUAGACAAGCACAACAUAGAUAUUACAGACCCCACGUUGGAUAAAUCAAACAGGCAAAAUGACCUUAUUGUGCCAGAUGAUGAAGAAGAAGAUGAAGGCAUUGAAGAAGAAGAUGAAAGCUGGGAUUCCUAUUUGCCUAGACCCAACACUAAACAGAUAGCUUGCCUGAAGAUGUACUUUGGACAUUCAAAUUUUAAACCGGUCCAAUGGAAAGUAAUCUCUUCAGUUUUGCAAGACAGAAAAGAUAAUCUUGUUGUUAUGGCAACUGGAUAUGGGAAAAGUUUGUGCUUUCAGUUUCCACCUGUGUACACUGGAGGUACUGGAAUAGUAAUUUCUCCACUUAUUUCUCUGAUGGAAGACCAAGUACUACAACUUGAGAUGUCAGGAAUUCAAGCUUGCCUGCUUGGAUCAGCCCAGACAAAAAAUCUCAGAGCAGAAAUCAAAGCGGGCCACUAUAGAGUUGUUUAUCUAACUCCAGAGUUCUGUUCAGGGAAUUUGUCAUGGCUUGAGGAAAUUGACCAAACAGUUGGUAUCACUCUGAUAGCUGUUGAUGAAGCUCAUUGUAUUUCUGAAUGGGGACAUGACUUCAGGAAUUCUUUCAGGUCUCUGGGGUUGUUAAAGAAAACUCUUCCUCAGGUUCCUAUUGUUGCAUUAACUGCAACAGCAAGCCCUUCCAUAAGAAAGGACAUAGUAGACUGCCUAAACCUAAAGAAUCCUCAAAUCACAUGUAGCAGUUUUGACCGGCCUAACUUAUACUUAGAAGUUGGACGAAAAACUGGAAAUAUCAUCCGCGAUUUACAACAGUUCCUUAUUAAAAAAGACACAUCUGCUUAUGAAUUUGAAGGCCCCACUAUUGUUUAUUGCCCAUCAAGAAAGAUCACCGAGCACGUAGCCGCAGAACUAGCAAAAUUAAACAUUGUUUGCAGUACCUACCAUGCUGGCAUGGGAAUCAAGGCGAGGCGAGAUGUCCACCAUAGAUUCAUGAGGGAUGAAAUUCAGUGCAUAGUAGCUACUGUAGCCUUCGGAAUGGGCAUCAAUAAAGCAGAUAUCAGGACAGUUAUUCACUAUGGUGCUCCAAAGGAAAUGGAAUCAUAUUACCAGGAAAUUGGAAGGGCAGGUCGUGAUGGACUUCCUGCCUCUUGCCAUGUGUUGUGGACCCCAGCUGACAUGAGUUUUAACAGACACUUGCUUAGUAUGAUACGCAGUGAUAAAUUUCGCCUGUACAAAUUGAAGAUGAUGGAAAAGAUUGAAAAAUAUCUCAACAUGAGCACCUGUAGGCGAAAGAUCAUCUUGUCUCAUUUUGAAGACAAACAACUCCGAAAGGCCUCCUCAGGCAUCAUGGGAACAGCAAAAUGUUGCGAUAAUUGCAGAUCCAGGAGCAGUCAUUGUACUCCUAUGGCUGAUAAAGAAGACACUUUUGAGGAUUUUGGCCAGCAAGUACAUAAACUGAUGUCAGCAGUAUGUGCCUUAAAUGAGAGAUUUGGCAUUGGUGUUCCAGUGCUCUUUCUCAGAGGCUCUACGUCGCAACGGGUCCCAGACAAAUACAGAAGCCACACGCUCUUUGGCAGUGGGAAGGACUGGCCGGAGACCUCUUGGAAGGCGCUGGGUCGACGCCUGAUCUUAGAAGGCUUCCUUAAAGAGGUCUCUGGCCAAAACAAAUUUGCAACCGCAUGCAUGCUUACUGCAAAGGGUAAAGACUGGCUCUGUAAAGCCAAAGAAGAGUCUGGACGAAGGCUUCUGCUUCAGUCUGAUGAGGAACUGUGUUUAAAGAAACCUGUAACAAGCCAGAAACAAACUCCUUCAUCAAACACAGUGAAAUUCUCAAAUGUGAUGGUUCCUAAGUCAAUGCCGGAAAAAGAGAGGACUUCUUUGCAUGAAAUGUUUUCUUAUCAACGAUCCAGUAAUAUCUCCAGAGCCAGUACAUCCUCAAAUGACAGUAACUCCACAGUGCAGGUACCACAGCUUCUUGUGCCUGCAAGCCCUGCAUCUUCUAUUAUAUCUCAGAGAGAGAAGGAAUUACAGACAAUGCUGUAUGGUAAAUUAGUGGCAGCCAGGCAGAAACUAGCCAGUGAGAAGGACAUUCCUCCUGCUGUAUUAGCAACAAAUAAAGUGUUGCUUGGUAUGACCACAAUAAGGCCUACAACUGUGGAAAUGAUUAAGAAAGUUGAAGGUGUUUCUGAAGCAAAAUCUACUAUGUUGGCUCCUCUUCUCAUUACAAUCAAGGAGUUUUGUCAAGUAAAUGAUUUACAGACAGAUGUCCUCAAGAACUCAGGAUCCAGAGACCAACCAUCCAUAUUUCUUCAGAAAGGUGAUGGAUGUAGUGCUCUGACAGAAUCAGAACGUAUAACUUACACACUAUUUGAAGAAAAGAAUAUGUCUUUGAGAAGCAUAAGUGAGAGUCGGUCUUUACCCCUUACAGUGGUUGGCACACAUUUAGCCCAAGCGUUGAAAGCUGGCUACCCUGUCAAUGUUGAACGUGCUGGUCUAACUCCUGAAAUACAAGAGAUCAUCAUGAAAAUCAUCCAGAGUCCUCCCAUCAACUCAGAUAUAACACAAAAAGAAACCAUCAGAACACUAGUCCCAGCAAACAUUGAAAUGUAUCUUAUACGAAUGACCAUGGUGUUGCUAGAAAAACAGUAUAAAGGACACCAGCUGAGCCAGCAGAAUGAUUCAGAGGAACAGGAGCAAGCGCGAGAAUCUGACUAUCUGCAAUCAGGUACAAGGUCCUCACAGAAGAAAGAGGAGGAAGUUCUGUGGAUAGAAACCAAGGGGUAUUCAGUAAAAUCAGUUGGACACAAACAUAAUUAUAAGUCCAAUAAAAAUUCAAAGCAAAGUUCCUCGUAUACAGAUUCUUCAUCUGGGGAAAAGAACAAUAGUGAAGAGCAGUUCCUCAGUGCUAAACAAGCUGUUCACAGCUGUCAAAGCUCCAUAAAGUUGGCUUCAUGGAAUCAACCUUCGCUGAGUGCCGAAGAGGAAGAUCUCUUUACUGAUUCCCAGUCACAGACCUUAAAUCAGCCUUCAAAGAGGAAAUUACCAGAGUGGUUUGGAACUUCAAAGGGAACUGUACCAAGUGUUAAUACCUCCAAGAAAUCAAGAGGAGGAGGAAGCAAAGGUCUCUUUGGUUGAAGUUGGAGAUACUGUAGGAAUACAUUGACACAGAAAACCUGAUGUAAAUUGAAGCUGUAGCUCAUGCACAUAUUUGUUCAGUUUUACUCAGAUGAGUUGUACAUUAAUAUAUCUCUUUCCAAAUAUAGAAUGUAAGAAGAAAACCCCUGUUUAUUUGUUUCCGGGGUGGGGAGGGAAUAUUAUUACAUAUGAGCUUAAAAACCCUUCAUGCUCUCUAGUAUAUAGGAUUUUCUAGGCUCCAAAGCCUGAGCAAAGAAAGCAGACAAGGGGAAAAUAGAGUAUUUUGCCCCAGGCAAGCUUUAUUCAAUUGAAUAAUAUUCAAUUAAAUGUGGACACAGAGUAUUAGUAUGUUGAGUAUUUUCUAUGUUUGAUAACUGGGGGCAAAGAAGACUGUUUGAGUAUAGGCUGGAGAACAGCUGAAACCCAAAAAAAAUGAAUGUAGGCUCUUCAGUCUUCCUCUGUAGAGCUACAGCUGCAUGAAGCAAACAACCGUAUGUUCUUUAUUUGUUUUACUGUUUUUAAAAGAAGAUAUUCUUGUGGGAAAAAUAUGAAUCUACAGCAGGAUAUUGUGGGGUAUAACAGAAUUGUUAUCACAGGUAUUAUUAUUAUCAAUAUGAACAUAAAUUAUUUUCUUUAGUUUCAACUGUGUUGGGGAUUUUUGUAUAUGAAAUAAAACUUGUUUAUACGUAAUAGCUGUGGCUAACUUCUAUGCAUUUAUGAAGAUAAGCUUAAAAUAUGAAGUCAAA